UUUGAUGGUGGACGAGGAUCAACAGUAGGGGCUAAGUGGAAAAAGAGUGUAGCUAGGGCUUGCUAGCUACAUGACGGUGACAUAGACGGGAGAUUGUUUGCUAGAAAAAACAGAAAUAGGGAAGCUAGGAUUGAAGGGGCCCGCCGCGGAACCGGCCUUCUUCCUCCACACAGCUGUACGUGCAGCCGUUUUGUGUCCAAGCGAGGAGGAACGGGAGAGAGCCCUCGACCCGCCGCCGCCGCCGCCAUCUCCCGCACCCGGACUCCGGAGCCGUCGCCUGCCUGGUCUUCCUCACGAUGGGAAACGCCGCCGCCGCCAAGAAGGGCAACGAGCUGGAGAGCGUGAAAGAGUUCUUAGCCAAAGCCAAAGAAGACUUCUUAAGGAAAUGGGAAUGCCCACCACAGUGCACAACAGGUCUAGAUGACUUUGAAAGGAUAAAGACGCUUGGCACAGGCUCAUUUGGAAGAGUUAUGUUGGUAAAACAUAAAGGAACAGAGCAAUACUACGCAAUGAAGAUACUGGACAAGCAGAAGGUGGUCAAACUGAAGCAAAUAGAACACACACUAAAUGAGAAGAGAAUACUGCAGGCCGUCUCCUUUCCUUUCCUUGUCAAACUGGAGUAUGCCUUCAAGGACAACUCCAAUUUGUAUAUGGUAAUGGAGUACGUACCAGGUGGAGAAAUGUUCUCACAUCUCAGACGAAUUGGAAGGUUCAGCGAACCUCACGCACGUUUUUAUGCAGCUCAGAUAGUUCUGACAUUUGAGUACCUGCAUUCACUAGACCUUAUCUACAGAGAUCUAAAACCUGAAAACCUUCUCAUUGAUCAACAUGGGUACAUCCAGGUCACAGACUUUGGUUUUGCCAAAAGAGUAAAAGGUAGGACUUGGACAUUGUGUGGAACCCCAGAAUACCUGGCACCAGAAAUCAUCCUUAGCAAGGGUUACAACAAAGCUGUAGACUGGUGGGCCCUGGGAGUGCUUAUCUACGAGAUGGCAGCUGGUUACCCUCCCUUCUUCGCCGACCAGCCCAUCCAGAUCUAUGAGAAAAUUGUGUCUGGCAAGGUACGAUUCCCCUCUCACUUCAGCUCAGAUUUGAAGGACCUUUUGAGGAAUUUGCUGCAGGUGGAUCUAACCAAGCGGUACGGUAACCUGAAGAAUGGUGUCAAUGAUAUCAAAAACCACAAGUGGUUUGCAACAACAGACUGGAUUGCCAUUUAUGAACGGAAGGUGGAGGCCCCUUUCAUACCAAAGUGCAGAGGUGCUGGAGACACAAGCAACUUUGACGACUAUGAAGAAGAGGACAUUCGCGUUUCUGUUACAGAAAAAUGUGCUAAAGAGUUUUCAGAAUUUUAAGGGCAUGUGAGUGAGGUCACAUCAGGGCUCAAAUGUUGGGAUUGUUGCACUCUGCUAAGAGAAGGGUUGGAUCUGAGACCAUCCAGUUAGUUCAAAUAAUUACCUAGUUCCUUCAUUCCACAAGGUUGAAUGAGGUUCUUAUUGCCAUGAUCCAUGUGUGCUGUUAGCACAACCAUAUAUACAGGCACAUUUAAGCAGACACUUUUUGUUGCCCCUUUGUUUUGAACUUUGAAGCAGUUGUUGUCUUGAAUGUUGUUUUGCCCCUUGUUCAAAGCAGUUGUAUUUUUAUGGAUAAAAACAGCAACUAGAAAAGGCUACAUUUCUUUAAACAUCCUUUAAUGUUGACAGUUUAACUAAGUGAUGUCCCUGGCAGUUUUCUGUAUGUUGUGUAAUUUGGGUUGAAUCAAGAGAAAUGUGUUGCUUCUAUUUCUUGCCAGCUCAGUUCUGUCUGUUACAUGUAUGACAAUUUUUAAAUUAAAAUCAAAAUCCCUCCUUAGCUCAGACUAAAACUUUGACAACUCCUUCCACAAGCAGUACUUGUCCUUUGUGCAUAUGUCUGUCAAUCAAAAAAAGGUUUAAGACAUCAUGUGUGUUCAGAUCAUGACCAAAAAUAGAAGUAAAUAGAUGGCAAAACAAGGGAGAACUAACCCCUGUUUCAUAGAAGCCUGGUUCCACCUAGCUUACAAAAAUGUAAUUCUUCACUCACUCAAUAUUCACGCAUUUAUACAGCUGGUUACUUUAGACAGUGGCCAAAUUAUAAAGCAGGAAACCAUAAACAUUCGAUCUUUGUAUCAUUUGUAGCAGUGUUGUACACUUUUAAUUGUUUGUUUUUUUGCACUCCAUAAGCCAAGUAUUUAAAAAAAUAAGACAAAGGAAAGUUUAAUGAAAAUGUUUAGGGUGCAACAAAACUUAUGGCACUCUAUAUGUUUCAACUUAUAUGUUCCAACUUAAAUUGAAUUUUUUUACAAAAACUGGUACUUGGAGUAAAUUACUAAAUCAUUUGAUCCAUUGCUUGCUGUAAGGUAGUGGGGAGAUUGGGUUUUGUCUGUGAAACACUGAACUGGCUUGGGCUAGAGCAUUGUUUUCUGCAUUAUUUUAAUCAUUAACCUAAGUUCUCAAAAGAAAUUGAAAAACUGCCAUAUUUUCAUGCUUUACAUUUUUACUUCUGUAUUUUUGGAUGGAUUAAUUUUAUUCUUAUGAAAGAAUGUAGUGCCACGAACUAGUAGAUAUGUAUAUUUGUUAAAUGCUUGAUUUUAAGUUGCUUCCACACACCAACUAAAACAACAUUUUAGUCAUUUAUUUGCAAGCAUUGGCACAUUUCUAUAAUAUUUUAUUCAGUCCCUUUUUGGCACAUUUCAUAAAACACAUUGCAUUGUUUCAGAUUUUUUUUAUUUAUACAUAUAUUAGGGAAAGAUGCUGUCUAAUAAAUUUUAUUUUUAAACUGUUAAAAUGGAAUAGUUUUUCUGCUUACGUUCCACAGUUUUGCCCUCACUGAUGUACAACCGUUUUAAAGAUAUUUGCAUCACUGUGUUAGCUGUCACACUUGCUGGAGAGUGAGUUGGUAUGAAGUAUUUUACGGCCUUCUAAGUUAUAUGGCACCCCUCACUUUUUAUUUUUUUUAUUUUUUUUUUUUUUAAAAUAAAUACUUGUAUCUAGCCAUUUCACUGUACCUGUUUUGACUCUAAUAUCAAUUAUCUUUGUAUUUAGUUUAUUGAAUGUUUUGCACAACAACAUCAUUAGAAGGCUAACAGCAGUUUUUGACCACCCCUAUUUACUUGUACGUGCAAGGCAAGUACCAGAUACUGUACUGUAGCAGAAUAUGUAACAAAAGGUGUGUGCGUGUGCGUGUGUGUGGAUGUAUUAUAUAAAAAUAAUACCUAUAUCACAUUAAUAAAUGAACAGAAAAUUCUUUGUAUGAAAAUAUUAAUCUUUUGUAUUUCAUUUAGAAUGAGGAUAUGCUGUUGUAUGCUAGCUGUAUGCGAUAAAAUCUACAGUAACUGUUGUCCUUUAAAGAUUUUAAUAAAUG